AUGUCGGACAUCACCGUCGUGCGGCAAGUAUUGUUCGUUCUGCUCCUCUUCCUCUGUUCGGUGCAUGGGCAGGUCAGCUAUUCUGUUCCCGAGGAGAUGUCGAAAGGUUCGUUAGUCGGUAACAUAGCGCAGGAUUUGGGUCUAGAUUUGAAAAGGCUGAAAUCGGGGAAAGCACGUAUUUAUAGUGAGGACAGUACUGAAUACAUCGAGCUGAAUAAAGACAGAGGGAUCCUGCUUAUCAAGGAGAGAAUAGACAGGGAGACAUUGUGCGGACAGAGGACGCCAUGCGCCCUGCAUUUCCAGAUUAUUCUUGAGAAUCCAAUGGAAUUAUACAGCAUUAAUGUUGAAAUCACAGACAUAAACGAUAACCCACCGAGUUUCGAAAAUAAUGAAAUGAAGUUUAAAAUCAGCGAAUCGGCAGUUAUCGGGGCCAAGUUUGUAUUAGAGAGGGCAAAUGAUGCUGAUGUUGGAGUGAAUGAUCUUCAGAGCUACUCUUUAAAUACCAAUGAUAAUUUUGUGCUGAAAUUAAAAAACCAGCCAGAUGGAAGAAAAAUUGUGGAGAUGGCUUUGCAGAAGCCCUUAGAUCGAGAAAAGCAAGAAAUGUUGACACUGGUCUUAACGGCCGUUGAUGGAGGAGACCCACAGUUAUCUGGCACGGCACAGAUACACAUCACUGUCCUAGACGUAAAUGAUAAUGCGCCUGUUUUUACGCAGCCGAUUUACAAGGCCAGUAUAACAGAGAAUGUAGCAAAAGGCACAGUUAUAACAACGGUCAGUGCGUCCGACGCUGACCAAGGGUCUAAUGGAGAUAUCACAUAUUCCAUAACAAACAUUAUGGAUGAAACACGCGACAUGUUUGAAAUAGGUGAGAAAACCGGAGUAUUACAGUCAACAGGAAAAGUAGAUUAUGAAAAGGUGCGACAUUAUGAGAUACAUGUUCAAGCUAGUGAUGAAGGGGGUCUAACAGAUUUGUGUAAAGUUCAGCUCGAUGUUUUAGACACGAAUGACAACGCACCCACAAUCAAUGUAUUAUCAAUGUCAAACGUUAUUGCUGAAGAUUCGAAGCCUGGGGUUGUAGUAGGCAUGUUUAAAGUGCAGGAUCCGGAUUCUGGAGAGGACGGUAGAGUUCAGUGCUUAAUCAUGGAUAAUUUACCAUUUACACUAAAAACGACAACAAAUGGGUUUUACAGCCUCGUUACAGGUGCUGAUUUAGAUAGAGAAAUGAAUUCAGUGUAUAAUAUCACAGUGACGUGCAACGAUGCGGGGUUGCCGUCGCUCUCCAGCAGCAUCAGCCUCUCAUUACAAGUAUCAGACGUCAAUGACAACGCACCCAUGUUUGAAAGGAGCUUGUAUGAGGCCUCGGUUGUAGAAAACAACACACCGGGCAUCUCUAUUUUCAGGCUGUUAGCCAAAGACGCAGACUGGAACCAGAAUGCCCGAGUGUCUUACAUAUUGGAGGAAUCCUCUGUUAAUGGAGUCUCUGUCUUGUCUUAUGUGUCUGUCAAUGCUGAGAGCGGUGUCAUUAAUGCAGUCCGCUCGCUUGAUUAUGAACAACUGAAAUCUUUCCAUUUCCGCGUAAAAGCGCAGGAUGGGGGUUCUCCUCCACUGAGUAGCAAUGUUAGCGUCGUUAUACUUAUUCAGGACCAAAACGACAACGCACCACAAAUUCUAUAUCCAGUACAUACCAGUGGCUCCCUUGUAACGGAAAUCGUGCCUCGUUCAGCUGAUGUGGGCUAUCUGGUCACCAAAGUAGUUGCUGUUGAUGUGGACUCUGGACAGAAUGCCUGGCUCUCUUAUAAAAUCCAGAAAGUGACAGACAGAGCGCUGUUUGAAGUUGGGGCUCAGAAUGGAGAAAUAAGAACCAUUCGACAAGUUAAUGAUAAAGAUGCUGUGAAGCAAAAGCUCACUGUUGUUGUGGAGGACAACGGUCAGCCCUCUCGCUCUGCUACAGUCAAUGUGAAUGUGGCUCUGGCAGACAGCUUCCCUGAAGUGCUGUCGGAGUUCAGUGAUUUUACGCACGACAAAGAAUACAAUGACAACCUGACUUUUUACCUCGUCUUGGCCCUGGCUGUAGUUUCUUUUCUCUUCAUCGUGUCCAUAAUAGCCAUACUAUCAGUGAAAUGCUACAGAUGGAAACGUGACAGGAUGUUUUAUAAAUCCAACGGAAAUCUACCGGUUAUUCCGUAUUACCCGCCCCUUUACGCAGACGUAGGGGGCACAGGAACUCUACAGCAUGUGUACAACUACGAACAUUACAGAACAACCGACUCCAGAAAGAGUGAUCUGAAAUAUGUCAGACCUUGUAAUCAAAGCAUCAUCAGUCUGGAUAACACUGAAAUACAGACUCUACCGCAUGCGCACGGCGAGAAACUGAUUGACGACACUGACGAUCAGUAUCACUGAUUUGCAUUUCUUGCACCUGAAAUAGGCCUAUACAUUCUUUAAAAGUCACCCCCUCCAUAUCAGUGGCGUGAAGUUCAUCUUGUGGGACUUGUAGUAGAGCUCGGGGCCUUUGGUUAGGCUUGAAGAGUAGCUAAUGACGGUGAAGGCUCUUUGUCAUUUGAGUGAAUUUGUGACAACUCUUGUUAUGUUUCUCUUC